GCCCGAACCCCGCGCGCGCGCGACCGCGACGCUGCGGCACCGUUUCGUGCCACCCCGGAGCCCCGCGCGAAGUGACACACUUCGAGCAAGUCGGGCCCGGCGCGGAGCCCUCCAGCCCGUCCCCGCCGAGGGCGCCGUGCAGCGAGCGGGGCCGCGCCCCGGCUCCCCUUUCGCUGUCAUCGCUGGGGCGCUGGCGGCCGCCGGGGGGGAGCGGGCGAGGAGCCUCCGGAGCGGGACGGGAGUCGCGGGCCGGACGCGGCGAGAAGAGCAACUCCAGAAACUCGGCCCUGCCGGGCCCGCAGACCCACCAGCUGAUACCCUCUGAUGGACUCCAAAGAAUCAUUAGGCACCUCGAAUAAAGAAAGCCCCAGCAGUGUUCUUGGUCAGGAGAGGGGGAAUGUAAUGGACUUCUAUAAAACUUUAAGUGGAGGAGCAACUGUAAAGGUGUCCAUAUCUUCAGUGGCUGCUGCUUCUCCAUCAGACUCCAAGCAGCAAAGGCUUUUGGUCGAUUUGCGGAAGAACUCUGGGCGCAAUGCGCAGCAGCCAGAUCUGUCCCAGGCAGUGUCACUUUCAAUGGGACUCUACACGGGAGAGACAGAAGCAAAAGUAAUGGCAAAUGACCUGGGAUUCCCACAGCAGGGCCAAAUCAACAUUUCCACUAGGGAAACAGAUUUUCGGCUUCUGGAAGAAAGCAUCGCAAACCUCAACAGGUCGACCAGUGUCUCAGAGAACCCCAAGGGUUCAGCCUCAGCUGCCGUUUCUGCCGACCCCACAGAAACGGAGUUUCCAAAACCCUGUUCUGAGGUCUCUGCAGAACAGCAGAAUUUGAAGGAUCAGCCUGGCACCAAUGGUGGCAGUAUGAAGUUGUAUCCCACAGACCAAAGCACCUUUGACAUUUUGCAGGAUUUGGAGUUUCCUUCUGAUUCCCCCGGAAAAGAGAGGAAUCAGAGUCCAUGGAGAUCAGACAUCUUGAUAGAUGAACACUGUUUGCUUUCUCCUUUGGCUGGAGAGGAAGAUCCAUUCCUUUCAGAAGGAAAUUCAAAUGAGGACUGUAAGCCUUUCCUUUUACCGGACACUAAACCUAAAAUUAAGGAUAAUGGCGACCUGGCCUUAUCAAGCCCCAACAGUGUGCCACUGCCCCAAGUGAAAACAGAAAAAGAUGAUUUCAUUGAACUCUGCACCCCUGGGGUAAUUAAGCAGGAGAAACUGGGCCCCGUUUACUGUCAGGCCAGCUUUUCUGGGACAAAUAUAAUUGGUAAUAAAAUGUCUGCCAUUUCUGUUCAUGGGGUGAGUACCUCUGGGGGACAGAUGUACCAUUAUGACAUGAAUACAGCAGCAUCCCUUUCUCAACAGCAGGAUCAGAAGCCUAUUUUUAAUGUUAUUCCACCAAUUCCUGUUGGUUCAGAAAAUUGGAAUAGGUGUCAAGGAUCUGGAGAUGAUAACCUGACUUCCUUGGGGACUUUGAACUUCCCGGGUCGUUCAGUUUUUUCUAAUGGCUAUUCAAGCCCCGGAAUAAGACCAGAUGUAAACUCUCCUCCGUCCAGCUCCUCCACAGCAACGGGACCACCUCCCAAACUCUGCCUUGUGUGUUCUGAUGAAGCUUCAGGAUGUCACUAUGGGGUCUUGACUUGUGGAAGCUGUAAAGUUUUCUUCAAAAGAGCAGUGGAAGGUAGACAACACAAUUAUCUUUGUGCUGGAAGAAAUGAUUGUAUCAUUGAUAAAAUUCGAAGGAAAAACUGCCCAGCCUGCCGCUAUCGAAAAUGUCUCCAAGCUGGAAUGAACCUGGAAGCUCGGAAAACUAAGAAAAAAAUAAAAGGAAUUCAUCAGGCCGCUACAGGAGUCUCACAAGAAACUUCGGAAAAUCCCAUCAAUAAAACAGUUGUACCUGCUGCAUUACAACUCACCCCAACUCUGGUGUCUCUGCUAGAGGUCAUCGAGCCUGAGGUGUUAUAUUCAGGCUACGACUGUAGUGUUCCCGAUACCACUUGGCGGCUCAUGAGCACACUCAACAUGUUAGGUGGGCGGCAAGUGAUUGCAGCAGUAAAAUGGGCAAAGGCAAUACCAGGAUUCAGGAACUUACACCUGGAUGACCAAAUGACCCUCCUGCAGUACUCCUGGAUGUUCCUCAUGGCAUUUGGCUUGGGGUGGAGAUCUUAUAGACACUCAAGUGCAAACUUGCUGUGUUUUGCUCCAGAUCUGAUUAUUGAUGAGCAAAGAAUGACUCUACCCUACAUGUAUGACCAAUGUAAACAUAUGCUGUUUGUUUCCUCUGAGUUACAGAGGCUUCAGGUAUCUUAUGAAGAAUAUCUUUGUAUGAAAACCUUACUGCUUCUUUCUACAGUUCCUAAAGAAGGUUUGAAGAGCCAAGAAUUAUUUGAUGAAAUCAGAAUGACCUACAUCAAAGAGCUGGGGAAGGCUAUUGUCAAGAGGGAAGGAAAUUCCAGUCAGAACUGGCAGCGGUUUUAUCAACUGACAAAACUCUUGGAUUCUAUGCAUGAUGUGGUUGAAAAUCUCCUUAACUAUUGCUUCCAAACAUUUUUGGAUAAAAGCAUGUGUGUUGAAUUCCCAGAGAUGUUAGCUGAAAUCAUCACCAAUCAGAUACCAAAAUACUCAAGUGGAAAUAUCAAAAAACUUCUGUUUCAUCAAAAGUGACUGCCUUAACAAGAAAGGUUGCCUUAAAGAAAGUUGAAAUUUAUAGCUUUGAUUGUACAACUAUCAAUUUGUCCUGUAGCAAUUUUGUUGUAUUUUUCUCUUCAUUUUUGUCUGUUGUUUUGUUUUGUUUUCAAUACGCACUACAUGUGGUUUAUUGAGGGCCAAGAUGAAAACAGAAGCAGUUGAGCCAUCACUGACUGACCAAUGAUGUUUGAAAAAGUAAAAGCAAUAGCGGGUGAGUCCUGUAAGCCUGAUACAAUCCCAGGAUCGCCUCUACUGUCAGAGAAGGGUAGCAUCAAAACUACCAGUGCCUGCAGUCUAUGUGAUGGACUUUUUAACUUAGACUCUUCACAUUUGGCUGGAUAAAAUUUUCUUCUAGACAUUUUCAGUAUAUUUUCCCCUGUAUCUUUUUUUUUUUUUUUGAUUUAUGCAUGGAAACCUGAAAAAAAGUUUACAAGUGUAUAUCAGAAAAGGGAAGUUGUGCCUUUUAUAGCUAUUACUGUCUGGUUUUAACCAUUUUCCUUUAUACUCAGUGAACUACGCUUGCUCAUUUUUUUCUUACAUAAUUUUUGUAUUCAAGGUAUUGUACAGUUGUUUUAAGAUGGGCAGCUAGUUCUUAGCUUUCCUUAAUAAAUUCUAAAUAUGAAUC